GCACACACAACGUCGCGCAAUCUCCGCCAACCUUAUCGGCACGUUCUACCGUCUAUCUAUUACCUUCCGCUUUUAGUUGCGCACCUAUCUGCAUGCCCAGCUGUGGAAUGCUUCGGUGCUUGUCCCAGAAGAAGAAACUGUCGUCCCGUUCAAGCUUGGUUUGCGUAAGCUAUAGGGACCGGGUGAUGUUCUUCGGCGCAUUGUGCCUUGCGAGGAAGGAGGAUCGUCAGGUACCGAGCGCGGAAGAGGAGUUGAGAUAAAAUGUAUAUAUAGAGUAGGUAGAUAUACGAUUGUCCAAUCCAUUUUAUCUCGUAGUCGAUCCCCUUUAUUCCGAUCAACUCUUCGGACACCACUUGAUUCCUUACUCAUAAUUCUCAAUAACCCGAUCGGAAUCAUGAAAUUCUUCGUCGGCAGCUUUGCUUUCCUGCCCCUCGCGGCUCUUCUCACGUCCGUCGCUGCCGCCCCCAUCGUCGAGGAGCGCGCUGAACUAGCUGCGACGACAUGUGGUUCCACGUCCUAUACCGCGACGCAAGUGAACCAGGCCGCGCAAAAGGCAUGCAGCUACUAUAGCUCAGGAAGCGCACCUGGUGGCUACCCGCACACAUAUAACAACUAUGAGGGCUUCUCGUUCUCAGUUUCCGGGCCGUACCUUGAGUUCCCACUCCUAUCCAGUGGUAGUGUGUAUACUGGCGGUUAGUCGUGAUAGCCUUUCUCACGUAUAUGAUGCGAGCUAAUGGAUGAUAGGCUCUCACUGGAGCCAGCGGCAACAACUUCGUCGGUUGCUCGGGAACAUCUUAAACUUUGCUCUACUUGUUAUAUAAUGCGAGUUGACUCAGGAAAGAGGUUAUUCGGGCGUUUUAAAACAAAGCAAUAGAAUCUAUAGAUCGGAUGAACCUGCUAACGGAAUGGGUUG